AUGUGUGAUGAUAUUACUAUUUGGACCUCACGAUGUAUUAAUGAAACGCUUGAUCUUGGUCAAAUUUACAAUUCAAAUAAUCAAGAAGAUUUUAAAUUGAUUAUAUCAGCAAAUGGCUCAUGCACACUAGACAUAUUUGAGGCAUUUAGUUCAUCUGAAAGGUUGUACAGACAAAGUUGGUGUCCACCUAUAAGAUCUUUAGAUGAAGAUUUUGAUGAAAAAAUUAUUUCAACUACAUUAUAUACAGAUCACUUCGUAUGUAUUGGAUUUUAUAAUGGCUGUAUAAGACUUUAUUCUCUAAAAAAGCAUGAUGCAAAUACUAAAGAUAUGUCACAAUCUUCAGAUUUGGACUCUAUGGAAUAUUACAACAGGAUGUUUGGCAACGAUACACAAAUAGAUGAGAAUGAAAAUAAAUCUAAAUUCUGGUUAUAUGAAUCUUCUAGUACUACUUUUAACUCUAUAUUGCUUAUAAAACAUGUAGCACAACCAUGUUGUAUACAAGCCUAUGAAGAUAUGAUAUAUGUAAUUUAUGAUGAUGGAGUGAUAUAUAAAGCUUCACUUACUGAAGAUAAUAAGAACUAUAAUGUUAUUCGCUACAACAAAACAUUUCCUGGAGUAAGCUAUUUCGUUGUAGAUCCUUUAGGUAAAUAUUUAGCUAUGUCAACCCACCAAAGAAAGCUUAUUAUAGUUUCUAUCAAUAAUGGUACUAAUAAUGAAGUAGAUUAUAUAGAUGUUAUACUUGAUAUAGAUUUAUUCAAGAAAACUAAUUAUGAAUUUGGAAAGUCUAAAUUAAAGAUUUUUAAUAUUCAUAAAUUGUCUUGGAGCCCAAAUGGCAAUUUCUUAUAUAUCCCAGGAGAUAAUGAAAUACGAGUAAUACAGAGGGAUAAAUGGGAUGUUGAAAAAGUGAAAGUUGAUUCAAUUAAUACAUCUAGUAAAAAUACUAAUACUGAUAUAUGCCUAAUUGAUACUGUAAAUUUUAACGAGGAAAUUAUAAUUAUAACUAUUGACCUAUCUGGUCAAAUUACUAUAUACAAACAUGAUAAUAAACACAUACUUUCUUAUAUUAUAUUAGAUAAAUUUACAAUGAAUAUUGAUAAUAAGAAAAUUUACCCAAUUUCUUCAUGCUUAAAUAUUCAAAAAAGUAAAAGCUAUUUAGAUCAUAGUAAUAUAAUAUUUAAUAAUGAAAAUAAAGAUAUACUUCAAGAAGGAAAACUCUAUAUCUCAAUUCUAUGUUGUGGUGGUUAUAUAUAUUGUUAUAAAUGGGAUAUUGAUUUAAAUCCUAAAAUAAAAAUAACUACAAAUCUCGAAGACAAAUAUAAUGAAGAAAUAUCACCUUACAAAGAAAAUUACCAAAGAAUUACUAAUAGUAAACACUUGGAUAGAAAGAAUAAUGAAACAUUACUAUGGGAUAAUAUAUUUGAUAAAGAUGACGAAAGUGACCAAGAUGAAAAUAUAUUAAAGGAUAAUAAAUCUUCCCAUUCUUAUACACAAGAUAUAACAAGUGAAACUGAUUUUGAUAUAGAUGAUAAUUACUCUAAUAAUGAUAUUGAAUCAAUACAUAACUCAUCUGGACUUAUUGAUGAUGUGAAAUUAUUAAAAAAAAUUAUUGAUAAAAUAAAAAUAAAUUUAGAAAAAGAAAAGAGACAACAAGAUAUAGUACAACCAGGAUCAACGAAAAUGGAUAAUAAUCCAUUAAAUAAUGGUAAAACAGAAUGUUUUUAUUGCUGGAAUCAAAAUGGAUUUAUUAUAUCAAGUAUUGAUGAAGAUGAAAAAUCAAUUCUAGAAUUAGAAUGUUAUACAACAUUAGAUGGUCCAAGAAAAAUCCGUUUAUAUGAUACUAAAGGGUAUUCAAUGGGGACAUUGGGUACUGAUGGCUAUUUAUUAGCUAGAAAAGCUAAUUUAUUAGAAAAUGGCACAUAUAUUCCAUCAAUAAUAGAAUAUCAUCUGUGGACAACUUGGGGAAGAAAUGAUAAAUCUGGUUGGAUAAAGACAAUGAUGAAUGGUGAAGAUAUAGAAUGUAUCACUUGUGGUAGUAACUUUAUUGCAGUAUUGACAUCUUUAAGAUUUUUGAGAAUUUGGAAAAAUAGUGGUCUAUCAAUAUCUACAAUCAAACUAACUGGUGCUCCUGUUAGUUGUGUAUCAAAUGAAAAUUAUCUUUUAGUUAUAACACAGAAAGAACCAUUUUAUCCUAUUAGAAAUAAUAACUAUUAUAAUAAAAUCAUAAAUGGAUUAUGUAAUAAAUAUGAAAUAUAUUACUAUGAUAUUGAUAAUGAAGAAUUAUUGUAUAAUGGAGAAAUAACUUUAACUCCAGAAACACAUGUAUUUUGGUGUGGAAUUUCUUCUAAAUAUAUCCCUGUUAUUCAAGACACUUCAGGGGCAACAUUUAUGUUGAUGAAUCAAUGGACAAAUAAAAAAGAAUGGGUACCAAUGACUAAUUUUGGUUUACUACAAACCUCUGAAUUAAGAUAUUAUAUACUUUUUGUUAGUAAAGAAGAAUAUCAUGUCAUAAAAUUGCGUGAUGGAUUGAAGUAUCCAUUACCGAUUAUGGCAAGAAAUAAUAAACAAAGAUCUGUAAUUAGCACAAUUCCAUUUUAUAUUCCAAUAUUAGGGUUACCAAAUACGAAAAAGUGGUUAGAUAUAAUAGAAAAUGAUAAAUAUUUGAAUCAUUGUGUAACCAAUAAUGAUAUACCAUGGGAAAUGCUAGAUGAACUACGGCUAAGAAGGAAAUAUAUCAAAAACAGUGAUUUAUCUUCAUCUUUAAAUAAUAAUGAUCGUAGUUAUAAAAUAGAUCAGGAAAAACUACUUAUGCGACUUUAUCUCAAAUUACUACUAAAACAACAAGUAGAAUCAGCUUUUGAUAUUGCCCAGAUGUUACAAUUCCCUAAAAGUUUGAAUAUAGCAAUGGAACAAGCUGAAAAGUAUAACGAGAGAAUUCUGGCAACAAAAAUUAACAAUAUUAUACAAAUUAAAACACCUAAUAUUACUAAAAAUGAUUAUGAUCAUAAUACUCAAUGUAUAUAUAAUACAGAAAACAAUAAUCAACAAAUCAUACCUGGAUCACGCCCAUCUAAAGAAAAAUUUAAUUAUAAAGAAUUAAAUAAAAAAAGUAAUAUAUCUGACUUACUUCAUGAAAAAAAUUAUCAAGAAGUAUCUUUUAAAAAAAUUUUAAACUCUUCAAAAAAUCAAACAAUAUAUAAUAUUAUAGAACAACCAAAUUCUAUAGAUAAGGAUCAUUUCUCAAUUAUGGAAGAUAUCAUUAAAAAAAGGAAAUUACAACUAUAA